AGGUGUGGUUAGCUUAUGAAUGAAUAAAACAGAUAGAUCUCCAGUAGCUUAUCUCAGUAGAUCUCUAAGUGUAUCUGCAGCUCACAGGCUAUGCAGUCCUCAUCUGACAGAAGAGGAGAAUAUAUCAUUGUAUGGUAAAUGUUACAAUCCUAAUGGACAUGGUCACAAUUACACUGGUUAUACUACGAAGAAUGUCACUGUAUUUAUUUGGAAAGAAAUGAUGAAAUCUCUUGGAUCAAACAAGCACCUCCUGUACAAAGUAGUUGUCUGGGAGACUGAUAAAAAUAAGUUUACAUACAAAGGAGAAGAAGAAAUAUGAAAAUAA